AUGUACUUUACUUCAAAGAGCUUCAGUCAAAUGACAUUCGAUAUUUUACCCACUUGUUGUCCUACUUGUUUCACUUUCCUACUAAAGUCAUCACAGAAUCAAUCCAAACUAAAGAGGCAAGCAAGUUCUCCAUUGCUAGAUUGUGCCAUAGAAAAUUUGUCGGAUACUCAUGCCACCAAGAUCCCUCGCACUGGUCCUUCAAGUGAUGCAUUUUGCUCCUCAACGCCGAAGCAACAACAAAACUCUCAGCAACAAUCGGGGGUUCCAAGUUUUUCUGUUCAGAUUGUACAACAGUUUAGUUCCAAUUCUUCCAAGUCUCCUCUUUCCCAAACAAUACAAACAAAUGUCACUGUACAAACAUUAUCUGGGAAUUCCAUUAAAACAUCAAACUCUCCUCUAGCACCAAACAGUAUUUCUGCCACUCCCAGUCCAGGGGGUGUGGGCUCCAAUGUUGUGAAAAGUGAUAAUAACCAGCUCAAUAAUCCAUCUUCUAACGCAGCUGGUGCUUCAGUAUCAGUCGGAGGUAGUAUUGAAUGCAAAAAAGAACCCGACACAAAUUUUACACCUUGUAGCAUUAAUGGAUCUCAUCCUUUAUCCGAAUUAAAUAGUGACUUUACGAGUGCCAACAAUACUAAUGCUACAACUACAUCAUCUACUGCUGCUACUACAGGGGAUCGAUUUUCUGAUUCUUUAGCAAAUCUUGGAUUUCCUGAAGAUUCUAAUGAUGACGUUAUCCACCCUGAUAUUCUCAAAGACAUUAUUGAUGAUGUUUUUACGAAUCCAUCCGAUCUCAUGAACGGGUUUAAUUUUGUUGAUAGUCUCGGUCUUAAAGACAAUAAUAGUCAAGAUGAAAAGGAUUCGUUGAAGACUAUGAGCUUAAAUAAGUCAAUGGAAAAUAGUCCUCCAAAUAACUUUCAAAAUUCAACUAACAGUCCAGGUUUCUUUUCAAUGAGUCAAUCGCAACAAACUGUGUUUGAUUUUCAAACUGGUAAUCUUAACUCUAAUGCAACAUCUCAGUCUGUGCCAAACAAUAACAACGGUCCUACAAGUUUUACUUCUGGUCGUCUUGGCUCUUAUGCAGCCACAUCGCCAAAUAUGCAAGGCAUGCCUAAUAACGGCCUUGGUCUUGACUUUAAACUUACAGAGCCCAGCCCAGCGGCUCAAACACUAAAGCAAAUGGCUGAACAGCACCAAAAUAUGCAGCAAAAGCAACAGCAAAUGGGCAUAGGUAUUGGAGCGGCGCAUCCAAGAUCUCCCUUCUCUGAUGGUUUUUCAGAUCCGUUAUCUAAUAUUCGAGCGAACUUUCUCAAUGGCUCACCUAACUCCAUGUCAUCUGUUCAAAAAAGUCCCACUGGUCUUUUUCAGCCUGUUGGCUUUACUCAGCAACAAUCAUUUACAGUCCCCAAUAAUUCUGCAGUUAAACAAGAAGUAGUCACGCCAAAUACGCCCGUUUAUCCUUCUAAUAUGAACGCGCAUUUAACUGAAGUAGAUCUUCACAAAAGAAGGCAGCUUAUGCUUCAGCAAAACCAAAUAGGAAAUAUUCCACGACCACCUUUUUCACAUAGCCCAGAUCAAAAACGACCUUAUCAGGGGAUGCGCUCUCUUCCUCUUUACAAUGAGUUGUCUCCUGGGCAACCUCAAAACGAAGGCAGUGCAAGUAACAGUCCAGUUCCUCAUCAUCCUGCCCAGUUUAUGCGAGGGGUUUCUACUCCUGGUGUAACGCCCCCACCUCAAGGUUUUGGAUCUAGCCCGUCUCCUUCAUCUGGUGUUAUACACCUGAGUCAAAGUCAGCAGAUUCAACUAUCAGCUAAAAACCAACAGCUUCAGGUUUCCCAAUCGCAGCAACAAUUGCUAUUAAGUCAAGAUUUAAAACCUAACCUCUCAGUCCAACAACAGCAGCAGAUUCAGAACAGAGGAUUUUUUCCUGGUCCAGCUUCAUUACAAAUGUCACAAUCGCAGUCGUUGAGUUUUCAAUUCCCAGGUCAUGCGAAUAGAAGCUUAAGUCCGACGACAAAUCAAAGAACAACUGCGGGAGGGAAAUCAAAUCCUAGUGUUGUCCAGCGACAUUUACAAACUCCAUACAUGAAUAGACCACCUCCUGAGUAUCCAGCCACAAUGGAAUCUAACAACAGAGAAGCUAUGAACUUGCAGCAAAAUCUUCUUUCUCAAGGAAACAAAACGCAGUCAAACAUUCCCGAUAAUAUCAGCCUCAUCAAUGAACAUCGAAGUUUAACAGAUCAGCGAAAUGGAACCUCUCUAACUUCAUCUCAGUCAUACUCCAGCAUUAUGCAAGUACAGCCCAACUCUGUAACAACCUCACGUUCUUAUACUGGAAUGUCUAUUUCAAGUCAGUAUCCAGGUAUUACUUCAAUUUCAAACGUGUGUGCUAACGAAGCAUCCAUUUCAAAACAGUAUCACUCAUCUGCGGCGGAACGAAUUUCAUCCAUUGCACCUAAAUCUUAUUCUGGUGUUCCUAUAUCAGAUAGUAUCUCAGAUAUUCUACCUAAGCGUUAUCAAAAUACAAUAUCAGUUUCCGAAUCCAGCCCUGGUAAUGUGUCUAAAUCUUACUCAAACGCGCCCAUUACAAACUUAAUUCGAACUAAUGUAACAAAUCCAUAUCCCCGAGUAACGCUUAGUAAUGAUAUAAUUCCCACUGCUGCUACUAAACAGUACUCUGACUUAAAUUCUAAUCCAGAAGUUACUACUCUUAAUAUUCCUAAAUCAUAUCAUAGUGGAAAUGGAAACAAUGGUAUUGAUGUAUCAAGGUGUUACACUGGUCCUACUUCGAUGUCAGGUAUCUUUUCUGAUGCCUCAAAAUCAUUUGGUGUACUUUCUGCUUCAAAUACUGCGCCUAUUAGUGUGUCAAGACCUUACACUUCUACGGUGCCUAUUUCCAAUAAUGUCCCUGUAUCUGUAUCCAAAUCGUUUACUGGUUCAGUGCCUAUUUCAUCAUUAAUAGAUCAAAGCCAGUCACAAUCUUCGAUUAUGUCUGCUAACUCCAUGAACCCUACCUAUACUGUCAGCAAAGCCCGUGGUGGUAAACAGAUGAAUUCUCGUGUAGUUAACAAGCAGUGCAGCGUUUUGACAAGGCAAAAAGCUCCAAACGUUAAUGUUGGUCCUGAAGGAUUGAACAUAUCUCAACGGCCACCUGCUAUGGCGACAGACUGGAGGCAAGCUUACAUGCACCAUCAGAGCCAACAGAUCGUUACCAAUAUCAAUCCUCAAUUGCGUAUGCCUUUCCCAAGACACAAUGCUCAAAAUUAUGCACAGAACAUCAGUUCUGUUAAUGGGAAUACUUUCCAAAACCUUCAAAUGAAUCCUAAUUCUACUAGUAAUGGAAAUCCGAAUGUAGCGAAUUCACCUAUAUCUGAUCAAGUACAUCAUAACAUUCACGAUAUAAAUUCACCGGUAACGAAUAAUUUACUUAUUCAGCAACAACAGCAACAACUGUUGAUGAACAAUGACGGUUCAUUGCUAGCAUCCAGUCAGUAUCAUAUGGCUGCCUCAGCUGUUUCUAACUCUGAUGCAUUGAGCCAGUCUAGCUCUCAAAUGUUCAGUAAUUCACCAUCGCCAAAUAACACAUCACAAAACAUUGUAGGAGAUGAGAAUCACUUUAAUUUAGACUUUUUGGACAAUCUGGAUUGUUCUACGUCGGAUCUUUUGAAUUUCGAUGUUCUUCAAGGUGGCAACACCAGUUUCCCACUUUUAGAAGAUGUUAGUCUUCUGGAUAAAUGAAUUAAGAUGGAUUUUCUUUGAUUUCAGUUUGUGUACAGCGCAAUCUAAUUGCGCUCGUGUUUCCUGUGCUUGUAAAGUAAGAAUUGUUGGUGUAAAGCACAUUUUCUCAUGAUUUGAUAGGAAUAUGUUUUUACUAUAUGCUCGAAUAAUGCUUCAUAUUUACUUGAAUUCAAUUUAUAAAUGAAAUGUUCUAUUGAUGAAUCACUUUUCAAUUCAGUACUUUACUUUAAUUAUUACCAUUAUUUCUCAGAAAUCAAUUUUAACGAUGAAUUACUAAUACAUUUACUCUUUUGCGCUCUAUUUUUUGAAGAUUUAUAUUUUAUUAAUUCAUAAAUGUAUACUGUAUGCGGUAUAUACAUUGGAAUAACAAUGCGUUUUAUCUACGUGUUUUUUUUAUGUUUUUUGCCCCCCCCCCCUUUUUCAAGCUAAUAAAUUUGCUUUCAUUGUAUUUUUUAAAAAUCUAAUUAAUUUGCAAUUUUGGUCAUUUUUCUAAAAAAAAGGAAAUCGCCGAAAUUUUUUUAAUCUCCAGCUUAAAUGUUGAAUUUAUAACUAUAGAGCCUUCUCACAAAAAGAAGAAAAAAAAAUCUUGCAACCUUUUUUUUUUCUAAUUCGAUAAAGAGAGCAUUGAAGAGAGCGUAAGAGGUUGAAGAGCUUGAAAUUUGUCUUUAAUGUAAAUAUUAAAAGUAAUUAGCUUAAGUCAACAUUAUUUCAAAUCAAAAAUAUGAAACAACAAUGAAGUAGCGGGUAUAUUAUAGAAGAUAAGAUCUGUUGGCAUUGAAGGGACAUUCUUAAAAGUGAAGAGAAAAAGUUUUCAGAAAUGUUCAAGUUUUUAUUGUUGUGUUUUGCAAAUAUAUUCAAUUCUCUUUAAACUUGUUUUAAGAAAAUGAAUUAUAAUAAACUUGUUUCAAGAUUUGAAAUGAAACUUUUCUGUAAAACAUUACCUGUAAUAUAUUCGAAAAAUUUCAGUAAUGUGCUGAAAUGUGUACUUAAAAUGUUGAAAAAACAUUGAUAAAUAUUUAUAAAGUUAUAUAUAUACAUAUACAUACAUUUAUAUAUAUUGCUUUUUUAUUUUUAAUAAUUUAAUUGCUAAUGCGAUGUGCUGUACAGAUAUUUCUGCAUUUGCCCCUUGUUAUAAUGCUAUGUAUUUCAAGGUACAUUCCUGUAAUUGAUUUUCCAGUGUUUUCUCAGUUCACUGCUGCAAAAAGGUGUAUAAUGUAACUAUAUAUAGAUAUAUAUAUGAUAUAUAUAAAUAUAUAUGUGUCUCACAUUAUCGCCUUGUCUUUGUGUUCAGCUUUUGUACCAUUGUUUUGUGUCCACAA